AUGAUCAGUAACGUUUUGUUAAUACUCUCUAUCCUCAUCGUAGGAGAAGGAGCAGCGUCAACAUAUGAACCCACCGAUGUCUUUCUCUUCAACUGCGGCGAUACUUCCAACAACCUCGACGACACUGGCCGGAACUGGACAGCUGAAGAUCCCAAAACCAUGUCGUCAAAUUUAGUCAACGCUUAUUUCACUUCAGAAGCAUCAUACCAAGAAUCAGGUGUUUCUCGGAUCCCUUACAUGAAAGCUCGAAUAUUCCGAUCUAAGUUCACUUACACUUUUCCGAUGAAUACUUCCGGGUCAAAAUUUCUCCGGCUAUACUUUUACCCGACCCGAUACGGAUCCGACUUCGACGCCGUUAGUUCUUUCUUCUCCGUCAAAGUCAACGGUUUCACUCUCUUGAACAACUUCAGCGUUGACUUAACGGUAAAAGCUUCCAAACCCAAAACUGACUUUAUAGUCAAAGAGUUUGUUAUCCCGGUUAACCAAACGUUGGUUCUCACUUUCACGCCGUCUCCGAAUUCGUUAGCUUUCGUUAACGGAAUCGAGAUUGUAUCCAUCCCUCAACGGUUUUACUCAAAAGGAGGAUUUGACGACGUUAUAACAAACGUUGGUAGUUCCGUUGACUUCUCUAAAAGAAACUCAACUGCUUUCGAGACGGUUUACCGGUUAAACGUCGGGGGACAAACCGUCGGCGAUUCGGGAAUGUUCCGACGAUGGCUCUCUGACGAUGAGGUAAUACUCAAUCAGAACUCAGGAACCUCUCCGAUAGUACGAGAUAUAAAGAUAAACUAUACAGUGAAAACUCCGGCGUACGUUGCGCCGGAUGACGUGUACGCCACGUCUCGUUCAAUGGGGAACGCAGAUCACAUUGAGCUAAACUUAAAUUUCAACCUGACUUGGUUGUUUACAGUUGACGUUGGGUUUAGCUACCUUGUGAGGCUUCAUUUUUGUGAGACUUUACUGGAAGUGAACAAAGCGGGUCAACGCGUUUUUUCGAUCUUUAUUGACAAUCGAACAGCUACACUUGAGAUGGAUGUGUUUCGGUUGAGUGGUGGUUCUUGGAUCCCGAUGUAUCUAGAUUAUCAUGUGAUUGUGGGUUCGGGAAAUGGUGUGAGGCAUGAUCUACGGCUUGACUUGCAUCCUUUGAGAAGUGUUAAUCCAAAGUAUUAUGAUGCUAUUCUGAAUGGUGUAGAGAUUCUCAAGAUGAAUGAUCCUAAUGGUAACCUCGCCGGGCCUAAUCCAGAUCCUAUAGUAUCACCGGGCUUGAAUCCAAACACGCGGAUUCGGAAAGGUAAUAACAAGUCAAAUGUUUUGGCGAUCGUACUUGCAGUGGUUGGUUCUUCAAUUUUGCUAGCAAUGUUUGUUGUUGUUGGUGUUGUUGUUAUCAUAAAGUGGAAGAGGAGAAACAAGUUUGGUGUGCAUACAAUUAGCAAGCCUUCUACGAACUCGGCAAUGGAUACUCUUCCGCAUGUUGCGGGUUCAAUGAAAACAAGAUUGGCCACAUCUCUCCCAUCGGAUCUCUGCCGUAGAUUCUCCAUCUACGAAAUCAAAUCCGCCACAAACGAUUUUGAGGACAAGCUAAUUGUUGGAGUAGGUGGGUUUGGUACUGUAUACAAAGGACGAAUAGAUGGUGGAGCGACCCUUGUUGCGGUUAAACGGCUGGAUAUUACAUCAAACCAAGGUGCCAAAGAGUUCGAAACAGAGCUGGAGAUGCUCACAAAGCUCAGACAUGUACAUCUAGUUUCUCUAAUUGGAUACUGCAAUGAAGACAACGAAAUGGUGCUUGUCUAUGAAUAUAUGCCACAUGGGACAGUUAGAGACCAUCUCUACAAGAGGGACAAGGUCUCUGAUCCACCACUGUCAUGGAAACGUAGACUAGAGAUCUGCGUUGGAGCGGCUCGUGGACUACAAUAUCUCCAUACUGGCGCAAAGCACAUGAUCAUACAUCGAGAUAUCAAAACUACAAACAUACUUCUUGAUGAGAACUUCGUAGCUAAAGUAUCUGACUUUGGUUUAUCAAGAAUCGGUCCAACAAGUGCUUCUCAAACUCAUGUCUCCACCGUCGUCAAAGGAACGCUUGGUUAUUUAGACCCUGAGUACUAUCGCCGUCAAGUCUUGACUGAAAAAUCUGACGUAUACUCAUUUGGUGUUGUUCUGUUCGAGGUUUUGUGCUGUAGACCGAUCAAAAUGCAAAGUGUUCCACAGGAGCAAGCAGAUUUGAUCCGAUGGGUAAAGACUAACUACAAAAGAGGAACCAUUGAUAAGAUCAUUGACCAAGAUUUAAAUGAUGAUAUCACUUCGGUAUCAUUGGAGAAGUAUUGUGAGAUAGCCGUGAGAUGUGUUCAAGAUCGCGGUAUCGAACGGCCGUCGAUGAAUGAUGUCGUUUGGGCGCUUGAGUUUGCUCUUCAGCUUCAUGAGACUGCUAAGAAGAAGAAGGAAAAUGUACUGGAGUCUCUGGAUCUAAUGCCACUUGGUGAGGUUGGUACGACGACGACCGACGGAGAUGACUUGUUUAGUAGGACUACAGGACACGUGGCGAAAUCGAACACAACCGAUGACUCUGUUCCUCAGGUUGGUGAUGAGGGGAGUGGUUCGAGUUGGGGAGUAUUUUCGGAGAUCAAAGAACCUAAAGCACGGUAGACUUAGAUGGCUUGAUGUACAAGUAUUAUAUUUGUGUAUGUAUCAUUGUUGAAUAACAAACUACAUUGAAAAUGGUUCACAAAAAUAA